AUGCUAGCCCCGCCCCAUCCUUUACAAAUACUCCUGAGGACAGCCAGCGCCUUAGAUUGCCUAUUGCCCCCUGUUCUGCACUCCCAGGUGUUCCUUUUGUCAUUCCCUGUGCCUGCUCCAAAAAGAUGGAGCCACGCCCACAGACCUCUACCAUGAGCCCCUACUAGUACCCAGGAAUCCUGAGUCCUCUAGAGGAGGAGCAGCAGAGAGACAAGGGGAAGGGAGAGGAGGAGUUGAUCUCAGCAUUCUGAGCAGUAAAGUGCCGGCAUGGAGCUGCUUGCUCUUCUGGGCUUGAAGAAUCAGCGUUACAAGUUAUGAGGCUCUCGACACGGAGCCUGGGGUCGCUUUUCCUGGUCCCUCACGGAAGACCGAUCCCCCGCAGAAAUGCCGGUGUGCGAGCUACAGCCAGAUGGCCAGACUCCUAACAGCAGCUGUCAGACAUGUCUUGGGUAGAGGGCCCCACAACAGCGUUCGGGGGAUAUUUUAAAGACAGGGAGCCCCCAGCUCCUACAGCGCCGCGGCGGGAAGUCUCUGUCCCCGCCCCCCAGUGGCGCGCCCAUUGGCCAAGCUCUUCCUCGGCCCCGCCCAGCGACCGGCCCGCUUGGCGUCGACGCAUGCGCAGGAACCCGCCGCCGCCGCCGCCGCCGCUGCCGCCGCCGCUUCAGCACCGGGGCCCGGACAGCGGCGCCGCCCACGGGCAUGGACGGUGGUGGCGGCAGCAGCAGCAGCAGCGAUCCGGUUCCCGGCCCGGGUCCGGAAGGGGAGCAGCGGCCCGAGGGGGAGCUUUUGGCCCCAGAAGGCAGCUCCCCGAACAGGUCCCAGAGCAAGGCUGUGGCCCCGGAGGCCAGCCCAGAGAGGAGCUGCUCCCUCCACAGCUGCCCCCUUGAGGACCCUUCCAGUUCUUCUGGACCACCACCAGCAACUUCCACCCUCCAGCCUGUGGGCCCGUCCAGCCCCUUGGCCCCUGCUCACUUUACCUAUCCCCGAGUACAGCAGGAGUACCGGGGGGGAAGCUCCCUGCCAGGGCUUGGGGACCGGGCAGGACUGUGCUCCCAUGGCUGCAGCCUCAGCCCUUCGCCAGCCCCCUCACAGCGUGAUGGGACCUGGAAGCCAGCAUCUGUGCAGCACCACGUGGUCAGCGUCAGGCAGGAACGGGCCUUCCGGAUGCCAAAGAGCUAUUCCCAGCUGAUUGCGGAGUGCCCAGUGGCCGUGCUGCUGCUGUGUCUGGCUUUCAUCCUCCUCUGCACCCUGGCUGGACUGCUGGGGGGCCAGCUACCUGAUUUCUCCAAGCCCUUACUGGGCUUUGAGCCUCGGGACACGGACAUUGGGCGCAAGCUAGUGGUCUGGAGAGCACUGCAGGCCCUCACAGGCCCUAAGAAGCUGCUUUCCCUUUCCCCAGACUUUGAGCUGAACAGCUCAAACCCCCACACCACCCUGAGCCCUGCCACACCCUGGAGCAGUGCCCAAGAGGGGAUGGUCCGGCCUCGGAGGAUGGUGGAGUCCUUGGAGGACAGAGGGCAGGAGAGCUUCUUCUGUGGCCCCCCUGAGAAGAGCUAUGCACAGCUGGUGUUCAUGUCCACCUCAGCAGGCAGCCUGUGGAACCUGCACGCCAUUCAUUCUAUGUGUCGCAUGGAACAUGACCAGAUCCGCUCCCAUCCCAGCUUUGGGGCUCUGUGCCAGCGUACAGCAGCCAACGAGUGCUGCCCAAGUUGGUCCCUGGGCAACUAUGUGGCUGUGCUCUCCAAUCGCUCCUCCUGCCUAGACAUUACUCAAGCUGAUACAACGCGAACACUGGCCCUGCUGCGGGCCUGUGCUCUCUACUAUCACCGUGGUGCCCUGGUGCCCUCCUGUCUGGGACCCGGAAAGGACAAGCCCCCACGCUGUACCCAGGUUCCCACCAAGUGCUCCCGGAGCAGUGCUGUCUACCAACUCCUGCACUUCCUGCUGGACAGGGACUUUCUGAGUCCCCAGACUGCAGACUACCAGGUGCCCUCCCUCAAGUACAGCCUGCUCUUCCUGCCCACCCUGAAGGGUGCCUCCAUGAUGGGCAUCUACCUGGACCGCCUCGCUAUGCCCUGGGGGCUCUCCGACAACUACACGUCCGUCACCGGCAUGGACCUGGGCCUCAAGCAGGAACUGCUGAGGCACUACCUGGCCCAGGAUACGGUGUACCCCUUGCUGGCCCUGGCCGCCAUUUUCCUCAGCAUCGCCCUCUACCUGCGCUCGCUCUUCCUCACGCUCAUGGUGCUGCUGGGGGUGCUGGGCUCUCUGCUGGUUGCCUUUUUUCUCUACCGAGUGGCCUUCCGGAUGGCCUACUUCCCCUUCGUCAAUCUGGCAGCCCUUGUCCUGCUGAGCAGCGUCUGCGCUAACCACACCCUCAUCUUCUUCGACCUCUGGCGCCUCAGCAAGAGCCAGCUGCCCUCCGGGGGGCUGGCGCAGCGCGUGCGCCGCACCAUGCACCACUUUGGCUACCUGCUGCUGGUCUCGGGCCUCACCACUGGCGCGGCCUUCUACGCCAGCUACCUGAGCCGCCUCCCGGCCGUGCGCUGCUUCGCGCUCUACAUGGGAACGGCUGUGCUGGCGCACCUGGCGCUCACGCUGGCCUGGCUGCCCUCCUCCGCGGUGCUGCACGAGCGCUACCUGGCGCGCGGCUGUGCGUCCCAGGCGCGUGGCCCGUGGGCCGGCAGCGCGCCCCGGCGACUGGCACUGGCACUCCACCGACGGCUCCGCGGCCUCCGGAGGGCUGCCGCCAGCACCUCGCGCCUGCUCUUCCAGCGCCUCCUGCCCUGCGGGGUCAUCAAGUUCCGCUACAUUUGGAUCUGCUGGUUCGCCGCGCUGGCGGCUGGGGGCGCCUACAUCGCCGGCGUCAGCCCCCGCCUGCGGCUGCCCACGCUGCCGCCGCCCCGCGGCCAAGUCUUCCGGCCCAGCCACCCCUUCGAGCGCUUCGACGCCGAGUACCGUCAGCAGUUUCUGUUUGAGCGGCUGCCUCAGGGCGAGGGCGGCCACAUGCCCGUGGUCUUGGUGUGGGGCAUCCUGCCCGUGGACACUGGCGACCCCCUGGACCCUCGCAGCAACAGCUCACUGGUGAGCGACCCUGCCUUCUCAGCCAGCGGUCCUGAGGCCCAGCGCUGGCUGCUAGCCCUCUGCCACGGAGCUCGGAAUCAAAGCUUCUUCGGGGCCCAGCCAGAGGGCUGGCCCACAUUGUGCUUCGUGGAGGCCCUCCAGCGCUGGAUGGAGAGCCCCGGCUGUGCCCGCCUGGGGCCGGGCCUCUGCUGUGGCCACUCGGGCUUCCCCUGGGCCCCGCAGCUUUUCCUACACUGCCUCAGGAUGAUGGCUCUGGAACAAGGCCCGGAGGGCCCCCGGGACCUGGGACCCCGCUUCAAUACCCAGGGCGGCUUGGCUGCCCUGGUCCUGCAGUUCCAGACCAACUGCCCCUACAGUCCAGACUACAGCCAGGCUCACCACUUCUACACUGAGGUCAACCACUGGCUGGCAGCAGAGUUGGGCAGGGCACCCCCUGGCCUGCGCCGGGGUUGGUUCACCAGCCAUCUAGAGCUGUACAGCCUGCAGCACAGCCUGAGCACCGAGCCUGCAGUGGUGCUGGGCCUGGCGCUGGCGCUGGCCUUUGCCACACUGCUGCUGGGCACCUGGAAUGUUCCACUUAGCCUGUUCUCAGUGGCAGCUGUGGCAGGCACCGUGCUGCUCACCGUGGGGCUCCUGGUUCUGCUCGAGUGGCAGCUCAACACUGCCGAGGCCCUCUUCCUCUCUGCCUCGGUGGGCCUCUCCGUGGACUUCACUGUCAACUACUGCAUCUCCUACCACCUGUGCCCUCACCCUGACCGCCUGAGUCGAGUGGCUUUCUCACUGCGCCAGACCAGCUGCGCCACAGCAGUGGGGGCUGCAGCCCUGUUUGCAGCCGGCGUGCUCAUGCUGCCUGCCACGGUGCUGCUCUAUCGCAAGCUGGGCAUCGUCCUCAUGAUGGUGAAGUGCGUCAGCUGCGGCUUCGCCAGCUUCUUCUUCCAAUCUCUCUGCUGUUUCUUUGGACCAGAGAAGAACUGUGGGCAGAUCCUCUGGCCUUGUGCACACCUGCCGUGGGAUUCCGGAACUGGGGAGCCUGGUGGGGAGAAGGCAGGUCGACCACGACCGGGGCCGGUGGGAGGGGUACCCGGGUCCUGCUCAGAGCAGUACGAGCUACAGCCGCUGGCACGACGCCGGAGUCCCAGCUUUGACACUAGUACAGCCACCAGCAAGCUGUCUCACCGGCCCUCAGUGCUCUCUGAAGAUCUACAGCUGCAUGAUGGCCCCUACUGCUCCCGGCCCCCGCCAGGCCCUGCAUCCCCAAGGGAGCUGUUCCUGGACCACCAGGCAGUUUUCAGCCAGUGCCCGGCCCUGCAGACUUCCUCUCCCUACAAGCAAGCUGGACCCAGCCCCAAAACCCGGGCCAGGCAGGACUCCCCAGGGAAGAAGGCUGAGCUGGUGCAGGCCUCACUAGAAGCCCCAACCCACCCUCCCAGGCCCAAGCCCCAGGUCGUGGAGCCCUCUGAUUGCCUCUGCUCCUCAGCCAGCACCCUGGAGGGGCUCAGCGUCUCUGAUGAGACCUGCUUAAGCACCUCUGAGCCCAGUGCCCGUGUGCCGGAUUCCGUGGGUGCCUCCCCAGAGGACCUGGAUGAAGCUGAGCAGACAGUACCUGAACGGGGCCAGCUCAAUGAGAAGCGGGACACUCUGUGGCUGGCGCUCAAGGAGACUGUUUACGACCCUUCUCUGCCCACCUCACACCAGAGCAGCUUGUCCUGGAAGGGCCGUGGGGGGCCGGGGGAUGGCAGCCCUGUGGUGCUGCCCAACAGCCAACCAGAUCUGCCAGAUGUUUGGGUCCGCAGGCCCAGUACCCACACUUCAGGCUACAGUAGCUGAGGGAGUCCCAGGGAGGCCCGAAUGGGGCACAGAGCCUGUCAGGGAUGACGAGGCCGGAGCAGCACCAGGCUAGAGCCUGAUAGUGUUUCCCCACAUCAGCGUGGGGAGGUCUCGCUCUCCAGCUGUGGACUUUAAACCCUGCCAGAUGUUCUAGCCCUGGUCUGGGCUGCUGCUUACUCCCCACACCUGGAGGAUUGAUAUGGGGGGUGGUCUUUGGGGUGAAAUGCCAACUCUCCUUGUGACCUGCGAAGGGCUCAUCUGCUCCCACAGUGCCAACCAGGACCCACCCUCUGGAAGGGCAAAGGUCAUGUGUGCAGCUCCAUGUAUCAGGGGAGGCUGACUUGGCCCCCAUGCCAAGGGGCAUGAAGGUCAGUGGGACUAAGGGACCCAGUCCUUGGGAUCCUGUGGGCCCCUUCCUCAACCAAGAGCCCUGGGAAACCUCAGCAGCCUCCUGGGCCUCUCUCUCACUUUUCAGAGGCUUUUUUUUAUCAGGACACUUCCUUUUCUUUGGGAGAGCCUCUUGAGUCAUAAUUGGGCUGGGGUCUCUGUCCUGAAUGGUCUACCCCCCUCACAUUACCCAAUCUGUCAAGAAAUUGGUGCCAGCCAAGCAAAGAUGGCUUCUGGGAGUAAAGUAGGUGGUGGAGAGAUGGUGAGUCCCAGAGCAUCCCUAAAUUGCUAACGGUCCCUCAUGGGAAGAUGCUCUGGCAUGGAAGUGUCCUCUCCCCUGUUAACACCAGUAAGAAUCCUUUACAUCCCACCUAUUUUGGUUUGCAGAACACUUCCAUACCCAUUGUGUCCUGGGAAUCUCACCACUUCUGUGUGAGGUAGCCUGCAGUUGGUUAGGUCCUUUGGCCCCCAGGUUACGAAGCUAAGGUUAUCUGUUUUCACAAAGUCCCAUAGUGAGUGGGUGGCAGAGCAGGUUUCCUAACUGACUCCACAGCAGCUCCCACUCUCCUCCUGUUUACCUGCCCCAGGGACGUUGGCCUACAGCUGUCUUGAUCUUUGCUCUGGCACCUUUUAACAACCUGUCUUCACAGGUGCCUCUGGGUACCACUUUAGGCCUCUGUCUGCAGAAGAAGCUACACUCUGAGCAAGCCUGGAGUUCCUCCCCAUAGCCCCUGGGCUUCCUUCCAGCUCCAGCUGAGAUGCCUACCAUCCAUAAGGCACCUAAGCUGAUCUGAUUCCCAAGUUCAGGGUCAGGAGAAGGCCUUGUCCAUGGCUUCAGUGUGCAGAAAGCCCCUGCCAGGAGAGGCACUGAGGGCAGUUGAGGCUGAGCAGAAUCCAGUUAAGGCAGGAACUCAGGCCUGCCCUCUUUGGGGGUAUGGCAGUCUGAAGGUGUUUCGCAGGUCAGGGUUCUGGUUCCCAAAGGACAGGUCUCUCUAGGGGCAGUCAGCAGACAAAAGGCUGACUCUCCUUCCCCAAAGCAAAGGGUCUCUCUGGAAGGUUUUAUCUCACAUGAGAGCUCAUGACACCUGGAGCAUCAACAAAUUUACUGAGCACCACUCCACCUCUGGCACUAUAAGAGGACAGAGGCAUGGAGGGAAAAUCAGACAUCUGCCCUCAAGGAUCUCACCCUCUAGCUGGGGAAACAGCGCCCCCCCCCAUACAUGCAGGCAUCAGUGGGUCACUGAUGGCACCAUACAGCACUUGCUGAGGGCCAUAUGCCUGUCACCACGAGCAUUGCUGGAGCUCAAGCACCCAGGACUGGUAACCAGGAAGGAUUCCUGAGCUGGGCUUCAGUAUCUCAGCGGGAAGUGACCUUAACAAUCAUUUGUUUCAGCAGUUCUCAAACUUUGGAGCCUCAGAACCCUUUGUUCAAAGAAUCCUUGUGUGGAAACACUGCAUAUAAAGCUGAGAAAAAGCAACUACACUGUUGGGUGCUGGGGGUGGGGAAGUCCAGAGCCAGGUCAGCCUCCUUUUCUACUGUGCCUCUCAGGGGACCCUGGGGAACCCUGAAAGCUCUUGGUGGCUCUGAAGAAUGUGUUUUGAAAACCACUGAUCCAGGUUAUUUUACAGAUGAGCAUCACAGAGGGGAAGGAUUUUUAUGGGGCCAAAGAGACAGAACUGGAGGCAAAUUCGGGGCUUUGGGCUUUAUAUAUAUAUAAAGCCCAAAGCCCCGAAUAUAUAUAGCUGAGACUUACCUCCCACGCCAACUUAUAAGAAGUGGGAUAUGGCGAUAUCAAUGAGAUAUGGGAGUUGUGAAAGUGCCAGAACACCAUGGGCAGGAAUGACAGGUACAUCGACUUUGCAAGAUAAAGAUGCCCAUCUGACUCCAGGUGUCAGGAAGGAGAGACAGUGACUAGGACUAACUUGGACCAUCUCCCUGGAGUUCUGAGGGACCUCUCUCUCUUCACGUCAGAGAGGAAUUCAGCCUCUCUGGCCUAGGGCUGCUCAUCCGCCUCUGAGUCCUGGCUUCCCUGACUACGGACUGUCUCCUGUUAUCAUACAGCCAGGUCGGCAGAGCUCUGGUCAUCUGGGAUCAUCACCCAGAGGGAGGACAAGCUGAGCCCUUCCUCCUGAACAUGAGCAGAAGUCUGGCCUUGACUCCAUCAUUGUAGCUGCCUCUCAGUGACUCACUGCAGCGCUUCUGCCCUGUGAUGUGGGAGGACAGCAGGGCCCUGGACCGAAAGAACCUGCUCCCUGACACCCUCUUUUGUGUCUUAUAGGAGGAGACAUUGGUGUCUGGGACUGAAGCUUCAGAAACUUGGCCUGAACACAACCACUGACAUGUUUGAGAGAGUAUGAAGGGAUGGAUGGGGUGGGCAUCAUCUGAGCACAAGGAAGAGCCUUCCUCGGGGACUUCUGGGUGCCCUUCUCACAGGCCAGGGCCACACAACCCUUCAGGAAGGCAGAUGAGCUGGAGCAGCCAAAGUACUGACUGGAUUUGUUCUUUACACCAGCGUGCCCAAAGGACUGGAAGAACUCACUGUAAUCCCAGUCAGCACCUCGAACCUGGAGUGGCCCAAACCAACAGCAGGCAUCACAGCAGUGGGUAAUCCCACCUGCAUCUCUAGCUCCAACUUUGGUGUUUGUUUUUUUUUUUAUUUGACAGGGUCUUAGUUCCCCAACAAGGGAUCAAACCCGUGUCCCCUGUAGGGGAAGUGCAGAGUCUUAACCACUGGACUCCCAGGAAAGUCCCCCUUGCCCCAGCUUUGGAAAGCAAUUUGAAGUAUUUUCAGCAGAUUUACUAUCAUCAUUAUGGUGGUUACAGAGUGUAUGGCCCUGGACACUUAUAGAGAGAAGCUUAGAAGCAUGCUGUGAGGCUCUGGAAAAUUUAAGAAAUGGCUCCUUAGCACUGAGACAACUGCAUUAACACUGAUUUGGGACUUGCAGUCAUUUCUCCUAUUUGUGCCACAGAUCCUUGAACUCAUACACAGAGCAUGAGUAUGUGUUAUUGUAUGUUUUAAAAAUGUAACUUGGUAUAGUUUGUUAUUAUGGGAAAACCCAUCCUUCCAUGGCUGUGGCACUUUGGUGACAAUGUCAGAGAUUGAGUUGACUGGUAAAUCUUAGAUUUAACAGGCACAGGGCCUACCCUAUACCAUGAUAUUUAGGCAGUAUCUCAGCUUGAGCCUGAUUCUGAAAGAGACAUCUCACGAGAGAUUUAUAAGCCAAAUGCCCUUAGCCCCCUCAAACUCAUUCCUCUCCUUCCAGUCCAUGACAAAGCAAGUGAGGGGAUCAGGAAAGAAGAUACAUUGGAGAGUUUCUGAUCUUUUCUUUCGUGGUGGCCUUAUCUUGGCCUUUGAUAAUACAUGUGGGCAAUUAUGAGCUCUCUGGCAUCCAUGACAUGCAUCAAGAUUUGCUUGGGAAUGGGAAAAAACAGACAUUCCUUACCCUUUCUACCCUCACCCUUGUUCACAGGGAUGACAGUAGCUCAAGGUGGUGUAGAGGUAUUUAUGCUUAGGCGAAGUUGUCACUCAAUUCACUGGGAAGAUGAGAAACAAAAGAAAGCCACCGCGUGCUAUGUAAAUGGUGGGCUGUCCCAAGCCACCUUGUGCUGAAGAGCCCUGGAAGGACCUUGAUAAACUUAUCGUGAUCAUCAUGCGUCUGUGUGGUUAUUCAUGUUAUACCUCAACAGAAGGGGAUGAUCAACAGUUUACCAAAUUCACAGACAACAGAUUAGAGCUUCAAAAUCACUAAAGAGAAUCCCUCAGCUGGGCAGACUGAUGUGGAUUUGAAUUCAUGACCCCAGCCUCACCUGUAACCUCAGCUCUGCGUAGCCUGCUUCCAUUCUAGUUACUAGUUUCAGUUCUUUGCAGCAGUCAUUUCAUACUUUCUCCUCUUGCUUCCAACAUCAGAUGCCCUUCACCUCUCUGCACACCUACUUUCAGUAGCCAAAAAACUCAUUAUUCAUAAUGGAAUCUGGAGGCAUCAGAUAGAAAUUUCCUCACCUUCAAGGCACCAAGUCCCCAGCUUACCUACCCUGCUCCUACUGGCUUCUCACCUCAUCCCUUCUGUUACAAAGAAGGAAGCACUUAAUGUCCCCACCAAUGGUUUAUAGCAGAUAGGUAGAUACAGAUAGCUUGGAAGUCAAUUUCAAGAGCUUCCUUCUUCAUAAGUUUCCUCUCUUCAUAUUGAUCAGCCUAAGAAGGAGUCUUUGGCCAGAAAUCUCUCCUCCCCAGCAGUGACCCUUCCUUCAUUCUGACUCCUACUACUCUGGCACCCUUUUCUGCACUAUAAAAAAAUAAAUAAAAGGACUACUUGAGAAUGUUUUGCUUGAGGAAGUCUUUGAGAGAGCAAAGCCAAGAACAUAUGAACAUUAUCAUAACUGUAUUCCAUAUGGUCACAUAGCUUAAGUAGAGACUUGGAGAAUAUAUAUAUAUAUAGAAAAUGGGGCUUCCCUGAUGGCUCAGCAGGUAAAGAAUCUGCAGGAGUUACAGGAGAUAUGGGUUUGAUCCCUGGGUCAGGAAGAUCCCCUGAGGAGGGCAUGGCAACCCACUCCAGUAUUCUUGCUGGGAAAAUCCCAUGGACAGAGGAGCCUGGUGGACUAUGGUCCAUGGGGUCACAAAGAGUCUGAAGCAAUGGAGCACAUAUUUUAAAUACCCACAUUGAACUUGUAGAGAUGAAAACGAAAAUGUCUGUGAUUAAAAAAAAAAAAAAUCCCUGGAUGAAAUCAACAGUUUAGAGGUUUUAGAUCAAAAGGAUUAGUGGACUUGAAGAUAUAGCAAUAGAAAUUACCUAAAACGAAACAUCAAGGGAAAAAAUAAGUUUAGAAAUAAAUACAGAGCAUAUACAACAGGCAGAAAGAGUGUCCUUUACAGUUAUUCAAAAUUAUGAAAUAAUUUAGGCAAUAACCAAAAAUGAAGAGGGUACAUUUUAAAAAUAAAUAUUUUGUGAGGGAAUAUGAACAAAGGAGUCUGAAGAUGCUGCUCUAGGUACCAUCUCCCUUGCCCCUUUCUCUCUGACUUUGCUCCUUUGAUCAUCCCAUCUUCCUUCUGAAGCAUCCUUUUCUUUCAGCUGGCUCAUUCCCAAAAGCACAUGUAUCCACCAGUAUCUACAUCUUUGAGAAAGUUCUACCUUGACCACCACAACCCACCUCCAGUUACUGCCCAAUUGCUCUAGUCCAUUUACAAACUCUCUUUGACACCUGCCGUCUCUGCCUCCUCAUCUCUCAUGUGCUCUUCAUUCUGCUCCAAGGUAGCUUCCACUCCAGCCUCUCCAUCAGAAUUCCUCUUCCUAAUACUCACCAAUGACUUCUGUGUGUGUGUAUGAGAAAACAUAUGCAUGAGUUUCUUCAUUGCAGGAUUUUGUACUCACCAAUGACUUCUUUGUUGCUAAAUUAAAUGGAUCCAUUUAAAUUCUCAUC